CGGCCCGCCGAACCUCGCCGCCUCCCCGGGAAGUCCCGGGCCCCUGCCCUAUGUCCCGCAAGGCGAGCGAGAAUGUGGAGUACACGCUGCGGAGCCUGAGCAGCCUCAUGGGCGAGCGGCGCAGGAAGCAGCAAGAGCCGGACGCGGGGAGCGCGGCCGGGGAGCGCAGCCUCCUGGCGGCCGCCGAGUCGAGCGCCAGCCUGCAGAGCGCGGGCGGCGGCGGCGUCGGGGACCUGGAGCGCGCGGCGCGGCGGCAGUUCCAGCAGGACGAGACCCCCGCCUUCGUGUACGUGGUGGCCGUCUUCUCCGCGCUGGGCGGCUUCCUGUUCGGCUAUGACACCGGCGUGGUGUCGGGGGCCAUGCUGCUGCUCAAGCGGCAGCUCAGCCUGGACGCGCUGUGGCAGGAGCUGCUCGUGUCCAGCACGGUGGGGGCGGCCGCCGUCUCAGCGCUGGCCGGCGGGGCCCUCAACGGCGUCUUCGGCCGCCGCGCCGCCAUCCUGCUGGCCAGUGCCCUCUUCACAGCCGGUUCCGCGGUGCUGGCCGCGGCCAACAACAAGGAGACUCUGCUCGCCGGCCGCCUGGUCGUAGGGCUUGGCAUCGGCAUUGCUUCCAUGACAGUGCCCGUGUACAUUGCAGAGGUCUCCCCGCCCAACUUAAGAGGUCGAUUAGUCACCAUCAAUACCCUCUUCAUCACCGGAGGCCAGUUCUUUGCGAGUGUUGUGGAUGGAGCCUUCAGUUAUCUCCAAAAGGAUGGAUGGAGGUACAUGUUGGGACUUGCAGCAAUUCCAGCAGUUAUACAGUUUUUUGGCUUUCUCUUUUUACCUGAAAGCCCUCGAUGGCUGAUUCAGAAAGGACAGACUCAGAAGGCCCGUAGAAUUUUAUCUCAGAUGCGUGGUAACCAGACCAUUGAUGAGGAAUAUGAUAGCAUCAAAAACAACAUUGAAGAAGAGGAAAAAGAGGUUGGCUCAGCUGGACCUGUGAUCUGCAGAAUGCUGAGUUAUCCCCCAACUCGCCGAGCUUUAAUUGUGGGUUGUGGUCUACAAAUGUUCCAACAGCUCUCAGGCAUUAACACCAUCAUGUACUACAGUGCAACCAUUCUGCAGAUGUCUGGUGUUGAAGAUGAUAGACUUGCAAUAUGGCUGGCUUCAGUGACAGCCUUCACAAAUUUCAUCUUCACGCUUGUGGGAGUCUGGCUUGUCGAGAAAGUGGGCCGCAGGAAGCUUACCUUUGGGAGCUUAGCAGGUACCACUGUAGCACUCCUAGUUCUUGCUUUGGGAUUUCUACUGUCAGCGCAGGUUUCCCCACGCAUCACUUUUAAACCAGUAGCUCCAUCAGGACAGAACGGUACUUGCACAAGAUACAGUUACUGUAAUGAAUGUAUGUUGGAUCCAGACUGCGGUUUCUGCUACAGGAUGAACAAAUCAACUGUCAUUGACUCCUCCUGUGUUCCAGUUAAUACAGCAUCUACGAAUGAGGCAGCCUGGGGCAGAUGUGAGAAUGAAACCAAAUUUAAAACAGAAGAAGUAUUUUGGGCUUACAAUUUCUGCCCUACGCCAUACUCCUGGACUGCACUUCUGGGCCUUAUUUUAUAUCUUGUUUUCUUCGCACCUGGAAUGGGACCAAUGCCUUGGACUGUGAAUUCUGAAAUAUAUCCCCUUUGGGGAAGAAGUACAGGAAAUGCAUGUUCAUCUGGAAUAAAUUGGAUUUUCAACGUUCUGGUUUCACUGACAUUUUUACACACAGCAGAGUAUCUUACAUACUAUGGAGCCUUCUUCCUUUAUGCUGGAUUCGCUGGCGUGGGACUCCUUUUCAUCUAUGGCUGUCUUCCUGAGACCAAAGGGAAAAAAUUAGAGGAAAUUGAAUCACUCUUUGAUAACAGGUUAUGUACAUGUGGCGCUUCAGAUUCUGAUGAAGGGAGAUAUAUUGAAUAUAUUCGGGUGAAGGGAAGUAACUAUCAUCUUUCUGACAACGAUGCUUCUGAUGUGGAAUAAUUUUCAGCUGCUGAUAUAUUUAGGUAUUUAAACAAACCUGGGGGACAAAAGCAGCAAUUGGUGACCUCAAUGCCCUGCUUUUAAUCUCGUUCUUUCCACA